GGAGUGUAGUAAUAAAUUAACCCACUAAGUGCAAUCUCUUUUGCCCUCAGAAUAUAACUUGAUCAUGCAUACAUUGAAUGGACUUAAAAAUGGAGUUAGAAUCUACAAAGGGUGCAGCAAUUUAUCCCUUUACAGGAUGUCCUGCAUAACACCUCAUACUUUGGCUGCCAAUGAUAAGAGAACAUGCUAUACAAAGGUACAUGGGGUGCAAAGCAUAGCUCCUUUAGUGCGUUCUGUAGAGGAGACACCUGAACCCAUUCCCACCCUAGUUAAAGGAACAAUCCCAAACUGGAUCCAUGGAAGUCUGCUUCGGAAUGGCCCGGGAAAGUUUGAAUUUGGGAAUCAGCAUUAUAACCACUGGUUUGACGGAAUGGCUUUGCUGCACCGCUUUCAGAUUGAGGGCGGCCAGGUGACUUACAGGAGCCGCUUUCUGCGGAGUGACUCGUACAAGCAGAACAGCGAGAGGAAUCGCAUCAUGGUGUCAGAGUUUGGUACUUUGGCCCUGCCUGAUCCCUGCAAAAAUAUUUUUCAGCGUUUCCUGUCCAGAUUUGAAAUGACAAAACCAACAGAUAAUGCCAGUGUCAACUUUAAUAAAUACAAGGGUGAUUAUUACGUCAGCACAGAGACAAACUUCAUGCACAGAGUGGACCCAGAGACUUUGGAGACCAAACAGAAGGUGGACUGGAGCAAGUUCUUGGCAGUAAAUGGUGCUACCGCUCAUCCACACAUUGAUCCAGAUGGCACAGCUUACAACAUGGGUAACUCAUAUGGGAAAAAAGGGACUUUCUACAACAUCAUCAUGGUUCCCCCUGAAACAGAAGGUCCAGAAGAUACUCUAAACGGAGCAAAGAUAUUAUGCUCUAUCGCCCCUCACGACAAAUCUAAACCCUCCUAUUAUCACAGCUUUGGCAUGUCAGAAAACUAUGUAGUGUUCAUCGAGCAGCCCAUUAAGAUGGAUCUGUUUAAGAUAAUGACCAGCAAGUUGAAGGGAAAAGCAUUAAGUGAUGGUAUUUACUGGGACCCCAACCAAGAAACCAUCUUCCACCUCAUUGACAAACAAACUGGAAAGGAGAGCCCAGUGAAGUAUCACGCCAAAGCCAUGUCCACCUUUCAUCAGAUCAACGCCUUAGAGCAGGAUGGAUUUCUUAUGUUAGACAUGUGCUGUUCUGAUGAUGGUAAUGCCAUAAACAACUACUUCAUCCAAAACAUGCGUCAAUCCGGAGAGGCACUGGAUAAAAUGUAUGACAGCAUAGGCCGGCCAUAUCCUCGUCGUUUUGUGCUACCUCUUAAUAUCACCAAGGACAUGCCGCUGGAACAGAACCUCAACACAAGAUGUGACAGCAAGGCUACUGCUGUCUGCCGUAUGAAAAAUCAGGUGUACUGCAUAUUUGAGGAUCUCCACGGUGAUGACCUGAAUGAUUACGGUGGUGUGGAGUUUCCACAUAUUAACUAUGCCAGAUACAACACCAAACCUUACAGAUACUUCUACGGUUGUGGUUUUCGAAACCUAGUGGGUGAUUCUCUAAUUAAAAUGGAUUUGGAAAGCAAAAAGUUUAAGGUAUGGUGUCAGCCCGAUCUCUACCCAUCAGAGCCUGUUUUUAUUCCUUCACCAACUGCUGUGGAAGAGGAUGAUGGGGUUAUCUUGUCUGUGGUUAUUACACCAACUAAGAACCAGAGUUCAUUUCUCUUAGUCCUAGAUGCCAAAACUUUUGAAGAGUUGGGAAGGGCUGAAGUGCCCGUCAACAUUCCCUAUGGAUUCCACGGAACCUUUGAUUCAAGUGUAUAAAGCUCAUUUGGGUAACUUCAACAAAAUAACCAUGAGCCACACCGAGCUUAUCACAACAGUUAACACACUGCUUACCAGUCUGUAAUAAUAGUACAGUUUUAACAGAAAACAGAAAAGAUCCACACCUCAUAUCCACAAUAUUAAACCAACAAAAUUAAAAAUUGUUCCUUACGUUAAUUGUUUUCAUUUUUAUUUAACAACUUAAUUUACAUUCAAAGACUGUCACUCACACAGAGAAAUGAAUUACAAAUUUGAAUUUUAUUAUUUUUAUUAUUCCACUUAAAAUUAAAGAUUAUAUUGCAAUUUUUAAAAUGUUCGCAAUUUAAUUUGUUUUAUCUUUAAAUAAAUGUAUUGAAACUUUAGCUUUAGCUUGUUCCAUAGGUGUGACAAAGGUAUAAAUUACAUUUUCCCACUGAAAAACAAGAGAGCAAAACACUAGAUUUAAAUGAAUGUAUCACAAAUACAUUAUUUUAUAUUGUUAUAUUCUGCCUGUUUACAUUUUUAUUUUAUGCAACAAUUCAACUUUUAUUUCAUUUAUAAUAUGUUGUACUCACUAAUGUAAUGAUCACAAAUAAACACCAAAAUUGUGAUUUACAAUUUUAUAAACAGGGCUUGUAUGCCAUCUGCUGGAUUUAAUUCAUACAAGCCAUUUGUACGAAAGCUUUCACGAUGUUUGAAAUCAGAUGAUAAAACAAAAGCCAAGUCAAGUGUACAGUGUUUUUGUCAUAGUUCAGUCUUAAACUGUUUUGUAAUUUUUGACAACAAUUCAACCUCAAAGAUUCAGAUAUCAAUAGUUCCCGGUAAGACACGUCAUAUGGCUCUAAUAUGCAGGUUUGCUGUAAAGAAACACAUCGCUUGGCUUUUAUCAGAAUCAGAAUCAGAAUCAGAAGAGCUUUAUUGCCAAGUGUGCUUGCACACACAAGGAAUUUUCUUUGGUGUUGGAAGCUUCUAGUACAGACAUUCAACACAAUGACAAUACAAUUGUUUUAACAGAAAACAGAAAAGAUCCACACCUAAAGGGUGUGGAUUAAAGGGUAUACAUAUUGUUUAAAUAUUGAAUUGGUUUUUAAUUUGUUACACAAUUCACCUUAAGUUGAUGACAUUGAUUUUUUUGAUAAAUUAUAACGUUCUCACUUACCUCCCAUUGUAACGAGUGUGAUUUUCAAAUCAUUAAUACUAGGCUAUAUGUAUUUUCUCAGCUCCCAGUCAGAAUCAGAUGACAAGAAAUCAGGGAGAGGACGACAUGUUUCAGAAUUAUGAUGAAGUCAGAGAAGACACAAAGUUUAGGAGCAGGACACACCAAAGGAUAGCUGUGACCUAAAGCUUAAAUUUAUUGUUUAAAUUUUGUGAAGUUUUCCAAGGAUCACAGACAAAGUCGUACUGUUAACCACAAGAAAUAUGAGAAAUGGUUAAGAGCAGGGAUAACAUGAGAAGAACAGGGACAUCUUUUGAAAUAGUAGUGAGCAUUUUUACUGUGUAUUGUGAGAAUUUCAUAUAGUCCAUUCAUUUUAAUCAUUUUAUUUUACAAUAUUCCAAUAUGAAACCUUAUUUAAAUCAAAAGCAUUUUUUGACGUAUUUAAUAGUUUUUGUAUUUGCAUUUUACCUGACAAUUUCUCUGUAUCAGUUAUUAUAAACAAGCUUACAUUAAUGGAUCACAUUUUGAAAAUAAAAUAUCUUUAUUGUCAUGUCACAGCUGCAUACAAAGACAUUUUAGUUACACACAAAAAAGUACACACAGUAAGAACUAAGAUAUGGAUGACUGCACAAGCACAUAUAAUGCAUAUUACGUACAGUACAGAAAUGUCAUAAGUAGCCUAUAUAUUUACGUUAUUUUUAUUUACAUUGCAGUUUGUACAAAUAAAACCAAAUGAAUGUAUCCAGUGUUACGUUUAUUCUUUAGCAUUAGCUAACGCUAGCGCUUUCACCAAUAGACCAUAUGAUCUUCAGUAGCUGACGUGCUGUGGCUCAAUCACAUCUGCACUCUUAAAGUGAUGACAACAAACUGUAGUACCAGUUAAGGUUUAAAUCCUUACGUGUAAUAAAGUAAAUCCAUGCUCAGAAAAUUAUUAAAUCUCUGUGAAGCUUCAUAAAACGGGACACAGCCAUGCCUGACGGAACCACAGUCACGUGUGUAUUUAAACGCUGCCAGGUCAUGACUGAACUAAAGUUUUGUAUUAUAGCACCAUUACAUGUUUAAUAUAUAGUAUUUUAACAAUACGAUGUAUUUCACUAAUCUAUAUUACACGUUAAUUCCCCCAAAAACGAGCGCUGGUAAAGCACAUUUGCUAUGGGUGAAUACAACCCGGAAGCUUUCCCGCCCCCUGAGAUUUUACCGGAAAUACGUAGGCAGCACGCCAUGCAUUGAGUGUAUUACUUAUUUUGUCCACAAGAGGACAGUAGAUACUCGUAGUAUGCGUUUAGUCAGUCACCUGACUGGUCUCAGCGUGUUGCAUAUGUACUCUGCACGACAAUUCAUGCAUUUACAAUACUUUCAUUAAGAAAUUCUGCAUUCAUUCAGUCUAUGUAGACUUCAUUUGAUCAGUGUGUGCAAUGUGUGUGUAUCUGUUCUUGCAUAUUAACAUUUCUCUGGCUCAGCUAAAUUGGGAGCUCUCAGAUUUCCCCUAAUCCCUGCACAUCAAACAGAAGGCAGAGCAAAGCGAGCAGAUGCAGACAGACAGGCACUGCUCUCCUGUGGUAUCUCGACCUGCCGGAUCUUCUUUCCCUAUACACAGUGCUGUUAUUGUCCGUGUAUGUGUGUUUGUGUGAGGGACACAGCUUGUGUUGUUUGUCCUGGUGUCUCUCCAUUCGGGGUUUUCGGGUUUCAAGAGUGGGCUGACUGGUGACAAGCAGAGAGUGGUCUGUGCACACUGAUGCUCAUGACCGCACAGACACACACAUAUAGACUUUAUAAUACAUAAUCUUCUAAUUUAACACACAAAAAACAUUGUGUCAUGAUCCACCCUGUGUAUAAUAUUAAAAUUUACCCUCACAAAUAAAACAACCUGACAAAAACAUAGCUCCACACUCUAGCUCUGUCUUUUUCUGAUUUCACUUAAUCCUAUUGAUACUGCCAUUAAAAAAAGAUUAAAGAAUAAGCGAACGAACGAACGAAUGACUGAACGAUGGAAAUGGCGGGAGGUAAACCAAUACACUAACCAGGUGGUGGCCACAACAAAGACAGCUGUGUGUAUGCAUAAAUGUGUGUGUAAGUGUGUGCGUCUUGCUGCCUUGCAAAUCCCACUCAGACACCUGCAUUCAAAGCUUCCCACUGCAGUACAUUCACAUCAAACAACUACCGACAUGCAGAGCGGAAACAGAGAAGAGAACAAAAGAUCGGGAAAGAAAGAGCAAGUAAAGAAAGAACUUGCUAAAAACUUUGUUAAUGCAGUCUGCUUUGAUUUUUUUCUGAUCAAACCUGAAAUUUUCAGAGUGAAGCUCCUUAAAUCACAAGUAAUGAAACAUUUAUUUAUAGUUCUAAAGGCUCACAAAAUGUUGCUGAAAUGAAAGAAUGUACCUACACCACAAUUACCUAAAAUGAUUUUGAAUGUAUUUGCAACAAAAUAUCAAACCUUGAAUGGUUGCAUUGUGGCAUCAGGUUGUGCAAGACCUUCUCAGAAACGUUUUCAUUUUGCUAUUUGCAUUUUUAAUCCAGUUCACUUCAAGUUCACACAUGGGUCCAGGGAGAGUUCACCACAGGUUCACCACACUAAAAAUAAAUUACCGGUUUGACAAGCAAAAUGCAUCCAAAUGGUUCAUUUUCAAGGGGUUUAUUUUUGAGCGGCUUCUCUAUUAUUAUUUUAUUAUUUAAAGCUUAAAACCGCUUUUGGGAAGUGUACUUGAAAUCUUCAAAAUACAUGACACUUGGUAUUAUUUUAUGCCACUUGGUACUGUGUUAUCUAAUCAUAUUAAGUGUUUUUGGGGCCACUGAUUAACAUUUACAUUUAUGCAUUUGGCAGACACUUUUAUCCAAAGCGAAUAACAUUACAUUAUAUUAUACAUUUUUUGUUUCUGAGUAUAUGUGCAAUCCCUGGGAUCACACAUGACCUGGGCGUUGCUAGCGCAAUGCUCUGAUCACUGAGCUUGGUCAGAUUGGUACCAAAACAAUUUUCACAUUUGAUAUAGAUCGUUUUGUUAAUGGAUACAUUUUGAGUCCAUUCAAAAUCUUGGUUGGUUCAAUUUAAAGAAAUGAAGUUACCUGCAUGGUUGCCUUAAAAUUUUGAGUUAAUUCAACUUAAAAAUAUUGUGAUUGUGUAAAAAGUCAAUCUCUCGUUGUGUGCACAUUAUGGUGAAAAAAAUUAUAACUUUUGAUAAUUAUGUAAAAAUAACUUCCGUCUUCCUUCAGACCAUGAACCAGAUCAAAAACACCAGAUUCACUACAUCACUCUAAAUGACAGUGGAACUUUAGGUUGCUUGAACUUUCACGAAAUGACCCUCUCCUCCCUAAGUAACCUGAGAACAUAACACAUACAGUAAACACAACACGUGCAUACUGUGUUUAUAAAGUGAGACUGAUUAAUUAUAUUAAAGAAACCAUUAAAAAAAUCUGAUCUGGUCCAAAAAUAGUAUAAAAGAAAAAUACACUGUUUAGAUAAAGAUAAAAAUGCGCACAAGUUUAACAUAUGACAUGGUAUUGGUUGCCAUCAAAUGAGGAUUUUCAAGGAAAUAUUUGCGUAGAUCUGUGCCCAUUGCCCUGUGCCUUACAUUUCCUGCUGGCGCAGGAGAAAACAAGUGUGCCCCUCCAAACAGACUGUAUUUCUGUUCGUUCCAUUUUGUUGGAAGCAAAGCUACAGCUGCACCCCGGUAUUCCACCCAGUUUAUGAUUGCCCACAGCAAUGACACACAGAAGACGGAUAACAAUAAACGGAUGACAAUAAACUGACUGUUUUUUAGCGAUGUUCAAUUAAGCUAUUGACAUUCAGAUGCUGAUGCAAAUUUCUACUUCACUUCUAUCAGCUAAUGCAAUGCUAAGAAUGAAUUACAGAGAACUUCAGGAAAAAGGGAAAUGACAUAUAGUUAACAUCACACCAAACGUUUGUUAUAAGUUAUGAAAACAUAAUCAAAAUGGGAAUAUGGAUCUAACAAAUGAUUUUUCUGUCUCCACAAAAACAACACACACUAUGGUGCAAUAUGGUUCAAUAGAGGACUGAACUGAAUUCCAGCGGGCAUGCUGACAAGCUAUCUAACGACAUGGAGCUCAAUGUUAUGGUUGCCAUAACAACGAUACAGAACAAUAGAACAUUUCAGUGUAGACACUACACCUAGCUUGUAGUGUUCAUUGCGUGAAUGACUGAUAAGGCCUAAUCUUCAAUAAAGACACUGCAGAAUUGUAGUUCAUUGAUUUAGAUUAGUUUUACAGAAGAAACUGGAUAGUGCAUGCACUGCUGUACACAUGCAGCAUGAAAUCACAAAAUGUAGAUGAACAAUGUCAAUUAAUUAUAUGUGUAUAUCUCAAUAUUCAUGCUUAAACAUGCCUGUCAAGCACAUUUCAUAAUAAUGCAUAACAGCAACACGGAGACAGAAACACACUCCUUACCAUUGUUUCAUCAAUACAUUUUACUCCCCGACUUAUUUUAACCCAUAAAACAUGUCUAACAUAUUAAUCAGGUCUAAAGUAUGACCCUCUCUCUCUCCCGUUGAUACCGGAGCACUCUGAUUGGAUAAUGGAGCUACUUCUUGUGACCAAUAAGGGAGGACUGCACCUUUUCUUUUCCUAGCAACAACAGCGGUUGUUUCCUUUCAGCACGACAUACACACUCCCGUAUGAACAAUCACAGAUUCACAGCUGUGCGGAGAGGAGCCAAAAAGCAAUACGUUUCUCUCUCUUCUUGUCAUCUUCCUCCGUGUCGUUCGACCCCUGCUGGAUUCUUCCUCCCUGUUCAUUGACUUCCCCCAUUUUCCUCUCACCUUUGGCUUAUCGCUCGUCCUCGUUCUUGUAUUUUCUAUAUUACCUUCUUUUGACUCUAUCUAUCCCACCUCUCUUCGUUUUAACGCACCCCACCCCCCAUCACUCUCUCUCUUGGCUGACUGUGUGUCUCUGGUAGGGACGCACACAGCCGGCUCCUGUUUCAGGCUCUUAAAGGAGCAGCAUGUUUUUCGUUUGACUGAAGGACUGGGCUGAGGGAUUCUGGGUAACAGCAUGCACUCGAUGACCCAGAGACAGGGAGAGGUACUGCACGGGGAGUCGCUGUGGAGCAAACAUCCCGCCAAAGACUCUCUCUCACACACACCUUGCUCAAACUGCAUUCCACCGAACAGGCUGUAGUUUAAGAACAGUCUAACGUUGUUUCUAAACCACU